AUGUUAAGUAAAUAUGUCCUGACAGUAAUCCCCGAAUUUUCGAACAAGUUUGGCUGCCGCAUGUUUGUAGCUGCUCCAUGUCUAAACAGCUUAAUUUAUCUUUAUCCCGAGGAUCUGACGGCAUACACUAGCGGAUCUAGAGGAAUGAUGUACCUGAUGACGGAUUUUGUAUUCAGAAUAACAUCUUGCUCACGUAUUACUUCAUGGGAGUUUUCCUAUUCGAGGUCUGGAUGGAUAGAUUUUAUGGUGUGGAGACCUUCUGGCAAUAACUAUAAGCUGGUAGCUUUCAACACACUUUAUGUUGAAGGUGUCAAUACGACUACCUACACAGUUGUUGAAUAUGAAAGGAUUGCUGUUCUAGACGGUGACUUAAUUGGGUGGCGCUCUCUGGCAGACAAUGAUGAUGGCAAUAUAAUCACAAACGGAAAUUGUAUAGGACCUUGUGCUGAGGGGUUAAAAGCGUACUCUGCCAAAAAUUUAAUCAGAGGGGACUUGUUCGAUUGGAAAACCAAGGGAACUGUAGUCAAUACCACUGCUUAUGCUAUUAAAGCUUGCCUUGAGGAAAAUACACCAAUGUCUUUUAACAAUCAAAAUCAGUCGGCUGAGAUCCCUGACCAUUUAGCAGUUGGUGACUUUGUGAUGGUGUUAGAGGCUGAAGGGGUAGACUACGCUGAGGAUGUUACCUUCACCGUAAUGGAGCACCCCAAUCCUGCAUUUAAUUACUCCCCUCAAUACUUUGUCGUGGACGGAAUAGGACAAGUAAAGAUCGCAAAAAAGAUGCAGAGAGCUACAGUUCUAAAGGACUACCUAGUGCGUGUAGCAGCAAGGGAUGCCUGUAAUACCAGUGCCACAGUGACAGUUUCCGUAGAAUCACAAAAUAUGCCUCCAGAAAUGUUGGAUCUUCCCAACUCCAUGGCUGUUGCUGAGCAGACUGGCGGAGAUCAAGUUUUAUACUCCACGAUUGUUGAGGAUCCCUCUGGAGACGAGGUUUGCUGCUUGCUAGAAAGUGUGUCUCCUCCUUCGCUGAACUUCAAUGUUACUGGGAACUCGACGGCAGGCGCUUUCCGCGGCGUCUUUUCCAUUCUAACCAGCGCAAAUCCCGCCUUUUCUUAUAAGGACGUAAACUCUUAUAUGGUGAAACUCUGCUGUGAUGACAGUGCUGAUAAAACUACAGGAAUAUUGCUUGUUAAUGUCAAAAAGCCGGUCAAGGGCUCCGGUUAUACACCUCCAGAUUGGUUUAUAUUGUCCGUGGGAAUAUCCUGUAUUCCAGUUUUUAUUAUGGGAUUUAUGGCUUGCCUUGUGCUCAUUCACUCAAUGUUUGUAAUAGGAUGACAGCCAUUCCUGAUCGUUGUAUAAUUUAUCAUUUAUUGUAUCCUUAAAUAUUUGUAACUGCAUCAGAAAUUGGUAA